AUUUGCCACCUGUUGCGCGUUUAGAACAGUCGUUUGGCGGGGUAGAGAGAGGAUAUCUACUGGAUCUAUUUAUUAAGCUCAAGAGUCUACAGAAAGCGGAUUAACUCACUUGGUUGGAUUUUGCUCGGGUUUUUUUUCAAGCUUAUCGGAGCUUUUUUUGUUCUUAACCACGAUGAAGGUUUUAAUCGCCUUAUUUGUUGUGGUAUUCGUGGAUGUGGUCGCUUCACAAUGUGAUCAAUGUAAGACUAUGAAAUGGGCGAAAUGUGACGGAAACCCAUGUCAGUGCACCCUUCAGUUAGCUGAUGCAGUACAGCAGCAGAUUGAUUGUACUAAGUUGAUUCCCAAAUGCUAUCUCAUGAAAGCGGAAAUGUAUCGUGCCAAGAAAAACCUGAGCACAAGAUCAAUUGGUGGGAAGCCAGUAGAGACCGCCUUUGUGGACAAUGAUGGCAUCUAUGACCCAGAGUGUGAGAAUGAUGGGAAGUUCAAGGCUAUCCAGUGUAACAACACUGAUGUCUGCUGGUGUGUCAACAGUGCUGGUGUACGUAGAAGUGACAAGGGAGACAAGAACAUCAAGUGUGAGCCUGUGGAGACCUAUUGGGUUCGCCUGGAAUUGAAGCAUAAAGCAACAGCUGUACCUCUUGAUGGUGACAAAUUGAAGGCUGGGUUUCAGAAAGCUAUGCAGGACCGUUACAUGUUGGACCCGAGUUUUGUGGACAAGGUUGAGUAUGACAAAGAUGGCCGCCUCAUUGUUGUGGAUGUCGUAAAGCAGAAGAAAACCAGUGGUCCUGACCUGUCCCGCAUGAGUUAUUACAUGGAGAAGGAUGUCAAAGUUCUGCCCUUGUUUCUCAAUGAUAAACAACUAUUUGAGGUCCCUGUUGCUGGGGGAAAUGUGUCAAUGGAGACUAUCCUGGUGUACUAUGUAGAUGAAACGGCACCCACCUUCACCAUGCAGAAGCUGACUGGUGGCAUCAUUGCUGUCAUUGUGGUGGUCAGCUUGAUUGUGCUUGCUGGACUUCUUGUUCUGUUCUUCCUUGCACGGCGACAGAAGGCCCAGUACAGUAAAGCACAGGGCAGAGAGAUGGAGACCAUGUCUUAAAGCUAUUAAUGAUGUCCCAUGUACUUGAAUCUGACUCUGGGACGUGCCCCAUGCUGAUGCAUAGACCUGUUGUGUACACUGCAUGUGAUCCUUUCAUAUUGGGGAAAUUGUCUGUUACAUGCUGAGUACAGUUGCUUUUAAGUGUCACUGUUACGUUUUGCUAUUUAAUGAGGGCUCCUUUUCAAUUGGAUCAAAUUUUUAACAUUGUACAGUUUGUGACUUAAGUUUUUAAUAAAAUGUGUUAAAUGUCA